AUGGCGGAACACAACGCGCCUGGGGAUGCUGCUCCCACAUCACCUGCAGACGGCCAAGGCCGACGGCCUCGAGCACCAACAAUCACCAUCGACACCUCCGCUGUGCGGCGGUCCGGCGAUGCGAAUCGACCUCCGCAUCCAGAGAUGAGUGAACCUGAGCUCCUAGGGAAGCAGAGCUUUGAAAGUAGGGAAUCAAGGCCCACCAGCCCGCACAAUGUCUCUUCGCCGUCACAAUGGGGUCAGCCACAUGGCUUUUUGUCAGUGCCGUCAGGAAGAAGUAGGGGUGGUAGCAUCGACACGGAUGGGGAUUCGUCGUCAACGUCUGACUUUACUUAUGUCAACACACAGACGCCAUCCGAUGCCUCGAAGGGAUUCGGCAAAUCCGCCCACGAGGGAGACCAUCCAAUUCUAUCGGACGAAGAAGCACUCACACCGGAUCCGGGAACCGAAGACGACUUCCACAGGGACAACAAUCCCUUCGCUUUCACACCAGGUCAGAUGUCGAAGCUCUUCAAUCCCAAGAGCUUGGGCGCUUUUCAUGCGUUGGGUGGACUCACAGGCCUGGAGAAGGGCCUGAGAACAGACAGAAACUCUGGUUUGAGCGUCGACGAGCAUCAACUGCAAGGCAACGUUUCUUUCGAGGACGCCACCCAUGUCGGCAGCCCUUCCUCGGACAAAACAGUAAUAGAAGAGCCAGAGUUGGCUGGUGGUGCCCAGUCCGUUUCCGGCACGUACGACGAUCGAAAGCGCAUAUUCGACGAAAACAGACUACCCGAGAAGAAAGUGAAGAACAUCCUACAGCUCAUGUGGAUCGCCUACAACGACAAGGUCUUGAUUGUUCUGACCGUGGCCGCCGUUAUUGCAUUGGCGCUUGGUGUAUAUCAAGCGGUGGCCUUUAACGGUGUGGAAUGGAUUGAGGGUGUCGCCAUCAUCGCCGCCAUCACCGUGGUAGUCCUCGUCGGGGCCAUCAACGAUUGGCAGAAGGAACGGCAAUUUGCAAAGCUGAACAAGAAGAAAGAUGCCCGAUCUGUCAAAGUUGUGCGCUCUGGCAAGACGCAGGAGAUCGACGUGCAGCUGAUUCUCGUUGGUGAUGUGUUACUGGUCGAACCCGGCGACAUUCUUCCCGUAGACGGAAUCUUUAUCACUGGCCAUGGCGUAAAAUGCGACGAAUCAUCUGCUACUGGAGAAUCAGACAUCAUCAAGAAGACAGCCGCCGAUGAAGUGUACCGCGCCAUGGAGGCCCACGAUUCUAUGAAAAAAAUGGACCCUUUCAUGAUCUCUGGAGGCAAAGUUACCGAGGGCGUAGGCCGCAUGAUUGUCACAGCAGUUGGCAUUCACUCGUCAUAUGGCAAGACUAUGUUAUCUCUCCAAGAAGACAAUGAAGUCACGCCAUUGCAGGUGAAACUCAAUGGCCUCGCAGAAUACAUCGCGAAGCUCGGCAGUAGUGCUGCACUUCUGCUCUUCGUGGUCCUGUUGAUCAAAUUCCUGGCGCAGCUUCCUCAUGACGACUCAUCGCCUGCGGACAAGGGCCAGUCCUUCAUGAAGAUUCUCAUCACUGCCGUUACCAUUAUUGUUGUUGCUGUGCCGGAAGGUCUCCCGCUUGCCGUCACACUCUCGUUGGCUUAUGCAACAAAGCGUAUGCUGAAGGACAACAAUCUCGUUCGAGUGCUUCGCUCUUGCGAAACCAUGGGAAACGCCACCACUGUCUGUUCAGACAAGACUGGGACACUGACACAGAACGUCAUGACUGUCGUUGCUGGCACCGUUGGGACUUCUAGCAGAUUCUCAAUGCGUGCCGGACGGCGGGACGAUCAAGGCAAGCCCGACCCCAAUGAUGACCUUCAAGACGACAUCGACGAUGUAACCAUUAACGAAUUCAUCAAGACCCUGUCGGAACCCCUCAAACAGCUCUGGAAGGAUAGUAUUGCCAUCAACUCAACUGCGUUCGAAUCCGAAGAGAAUGGUAAGGUCGUCUUCACAGGAUCCAAGACGGAGACUGCUCUUCUCGAUCUGGCACGCGACUAUCUUGGCAUGGAGCGUGUCGGCAUCGAGCGCAGCAAUGCGGAAAUUGUGCAAAUGAUUCCAUUCGAUUCUAGCCGAAAGUGCAUGGGAAUGGUUAUCAAGCGCAAAGAUGGCAAAGGGUAUCGGCUUUUGGUCAAGGGUGCGUCUGAAAUCAUGCUUCGACACUGUUACUCGAUCAUUCGCGACCCCACCCGUGGCACAGAUGCCACCAGCAUGACUGCCGAUAACAAGAAGACACUCGAGAAAUUGAUUGAUGCCUAUGCAUCGCGCUCGCUGAGAACGAUCGGAUUUAUCUUCCGUGACUUUGAUGGCGAGUCAUGGCCUCCACGUGGUAUCAAACGGUCGGAGGAUGACAAAACACAGGCCUCUUUCGAUGACAUUUGCAAACAAAUGACUUUCGUCAGCAUUGUCGGAAUUCAGGAUCCUCUCCGUGCGGGCGUACCAGAGGCUGUCAAGGAUUUCAUCACCGCAGGAGUCUUUCCACGCAUGGUUACUGGAGACAACAUUCUUACUGCAAAGGCAAUUGCGACAGAGUGUGGUAUAUUCACUCCAGGUGGUGCAGCGCUUGAGGGCCCCGAGUUCAGGAAAAUGAGCAAGCAAGAGCAAAGACAAAUCAUCCCGAAGCUGCAAGUCCUGGCUCGCUCCUCGCCCGAUGAUAAGCGUACCUUGGUCAGGCGCCUGAAGGAGAUGGGAGAGACUGUUGCUGUUACUGGUGAUGGUACAAACGAUGCUCCUGCCUUGAAAGCUGCCGAUGUUGGUUUCGCCAUGAACAUCGCAGGCACAGAAGUCGCCAAAGAGGCAUCCGAUAUCAUCCUCAUGGACGACAACUUUGCUUCCAUCGUCAAGGCGCUUAUGUGGGGACGCGCUGUCAACGACGCCGUGAGGAAAUUCUUACAGUUCCAAAUUACCGUGAACAUUACAGCUGUUGCCCUAGCGUUCAUCUCUGCUGUUUCCAACGAUCACGAAGAAUCGGUCCUGACCGCAGUCCAGCUUCUCUGGAUCAACUUGAUUAUGGACACGAUGGCUGCGCUUGCUCUUGCAACCGACCCACCCAGCCGCGAAAUUUUAAAUCGAAAACCUGACCCAAAAUCGGCACCGCUCUUCUCUGUCACAAUGUGGAAGAUGAUCAUCGGCCAAGCCAUCUAUCAACUCACCGUAACCCUCAUCCUGUACUUCGCUGGUGCAAGCAUCUUGAACUACGAGACAGAACACGAACACAGACAGCUCCAGACACUUGUUUUCAACACAUUCACAUGGAUGCAGAUCUUCAAUGCUCUGAACAACCGACGAUUGGACAAUCGCUUCAAUGUCUUUGAGGGUCUUCAGCGAAACUGGUUUUUCGUUGGCAUCUUCCUUGUCAUGGUCGGUGGUCAAACCCUCAUCGUAUUUGUUGGCGGUUGGCCCGCGUUCCAGGCCGAGAAGCAGACCGGUGCCCAGUGGGGUAUCGCUCUUGUCUUGGGUGCAUUGUCGUUGCCAAUAGGAGUCAUAGUCCGACUAUUCCCUGACGAAAUUGUGGCUGCGGUGGUACCACCAUUCAUCAAGAGCUGGGUGCGCAAGAACAGGGAGAAGAGACUCAAGCUCGAGGAUGAGGAAGCUCAAAGCCCGUUCCAAUUCAACGAUGCACUCUACGACAUCAAGGAAGAAUUAGCAUGGCUAAGGAAGUACAAGGGCGGUCGCCUUAACCAGCUUCGAUUCGCAAUGACUCAUCCAAAGGAGGCCUUUAGCAGGAGCCCCAGCCGAAGCAGGGCCAGUUCCAGCCUACCAAGGACACCGCAAAACGAGCGAGCAGAAGGUGAAGAUGGUCACUCACCGGCGCCACCUACACCUGAAUCUCGCCGUCGCCGAGGCAGGUCAAGGUCCAACUCGACCUUUGCUGCCGGAGCAGCGAUGGCAGGCAUUGUUGCUGGGUCCAUUGCUGGAGGAUGGUCCCCUAUAGAACGUCGUGAAGGCGACAAUGACAGCCUUCGGUUUGGUCGCGAACGUUCGAAGAGUGACCUUAGCAAGGAGUACAGGCUUGAUCCGCACCCCGAGACAAGCGAUAAGGACAAGCUCGUGGUAAAGGCUGAUCCAGCCCCGGAACGCGGUGCGCCGCCAAGUCAGUCAACCAGUACUACGCCCGCAUUUCCCGUUGGUCCUUACAGUGGAGAUGACAGCUCCAAGCAUGACGAUGUUAAGCCGUGAGCAAUGAUGCAGUGCUCGUGUGGAGAUACAUACUGUAUAGCGACCGAACCGACACCCAUGAGGCCAGAUGUAAUCUCUAGAACUCUAUCAGUUCUUCGGUCGAGAUGAGCAUCGAUCAGAGUACACCAAUUACUCAAUCAAUGGCCCAGGAAGGCUCUCGGAGGCCGAGAGGAAAGAGGAGAGAAAGUGAAGUGGGAAGAAGAGAUCUUGUUCUAAGCAUGGCGAUUGGCGUUUCCUUUGAAGGAGAAUAUAUACAAAGAUUGACGGCCGCGCAGAAGCAGCUCGCCGCCGUUUGGGUAUUGGCCGAGCGCCCUAUAGAGAGUUCAUCUGGCAGAAAGACAUCUAUCAUGAAGAGACCAGAAAGUCAAUUGCGGACACGCAGCUGUAUUUACCUUGUACUACCAUCCUCUUACCAGUCAACCAACUCCGAGAAUCAUUCUCAAUGUUUUGGAGAUUCGUCGUAAAACUCACUCUCGGUGACGCAAAACUACUUUGGUUGAAGUGACCAGCCAUGGCGAAUUCCAGAGCAAGAAAAUCAUCAGGUCGCCAAUCACGGAAGAUGGCAUUGGCAGUCCAUACAUCCCUUUGCUCGCACAAAAGAAGGCUACAAGUCUGCAGUUCUCGCUUCGCUUUCAGCGAUCCACUUGUCAAGCAACUCCCUGUUCCUGGGUCGCAGACCGAUCUUGAAAGGUUUUGGAUCCAUGGUCAAACCAUUUGGCAACUUGUUACAACCCAUGGCGUCGAGGAUUGGGGCAUCGUUUGGAUCUUUAGGCGGCAAGAUCUCAAACGCUGAGAUCAUCUUCAGGAAAGCGGUGUAUAGUUCUCGAUUUGCGAGAUGGCUGCCAAUGCACAUGCGAGAGCCUGCUCCGUAGCCGUAGUGCGGAGUUCCUCU